AGUCUGAGCUUUUUGUUGGCACGUAACGUGUUUUAAUCUUCGUCGGACAUUUUCAGACCAUGUUCCGACCGUUUUAGGACAAGCGAUGAAACGACAGCUGUCGGCACCUGUUUGACACUGAAUGUAACUUGUACUUUUAUCGUUAAGAGCAGAAAAGUCGGCACUACUUUCACUUUUUUUAAAGUUUCAGUUCAAGGCUUGUUUCGUGGUCAUGGAGAGACACGAGUAUCCUCAUCCUUUCAUCUCCGAGGUGAAGCUGACCACAGCCCAGCUGCUCCGGGGAUUAAUCCUGGGCAGCAUCCUGGUUCCAGUCCGCCUCAUUCUGGCGACCUUGUGUUUCCUCAUCAUGUGGCCCGUCGCCUGGCUCAGAGUGGCCGGCCUCUCCAAGGAGGAGCGCUCUCGGCCCAUCACGGGCUGGCGCCGCUGGUUUUACCAGCCCAUCAUGUUGUAUCUGAGCCGGGCCGUGUUCUUCUCACUGGGCUUCCUGUGGGUUCGAGUCAAAGGUCGCCGGGCCGACCUGAAGGAGGCGCCGGUUCUGGUGGUGGCGCCCCACAGCGGCUUUCUGGACAUGCUGGUUCUGUGUCCAACCCAGCUGGCAACUGUUGUGUCGCGCUCGGAGAACACCAAGCUGCCCGUUAUCGGAGCUCUGCUAGAGUUCAACCAGUCUGUGCUUGUGAGCAGGAAGGAUCCAGAGUCGAGGAAAAGGGCCGUGACGGAGCUCAUCGGGAGGCUGACCUCCAAAGGCUACUGGCCUCAGAUGCUGAUGUUUCCUGAGGGGACCACGACUAACGGCCGAGCUCUCAUCCAGUUUAAACCUGGUGCCUUCCUCGCUGGAGUCCCUGUUCAACCAGUCCUGUUGCGUUACCCAAACAAACUUGAUACUGUUCGUUGGACGUACAAAGGAACAUCAUGGAAAGAGGCCGUGUGGCACACCGCUUCCCAGCUUUACACCAACAUGACGGUGGAGUUCCUGCCCGUUUACAACCCAUCUGAGGAGGAGAAGAUGGACCCCAACCUGUACGCCAACAACGUUCAGAAGCUCAUGGCCAAAGCCCUAGGAGUCCCAGCUACAGAUUACGUGAUGGAGGGACGAGUUCCUGUCAGUAAAGUGGGGGGUCUGUCUCUGCCUCUGGAGUCUCCUGGCAGGGUGACUCUGUCACUGCUGCACAAGAGCAGUCUGGGAGUGCAUGAGGUCGAAGCGGCCUUGGGCAGAAUGAUUGACAGGUGUCAGUCAGGAGCUUCAGGGUUCAAAGCCAGCGCAGAGGAGCUCGCCUCUCUUCUCUCGUUGCCAGAUAAACAAACGGCUGUCGACAUCUGUGGCCUGUAUUCCAAGGAUGAGACUGUGGACCUCCGACAGGUUUACUUUAGUGUUGCACCCGUCGCUGGAUUCACCAGCUUCAAGUCUUUACUUCACUCUGCUUUUACUCUGUUUGACAAAGAGGGCCGAGGAAGUCUGGGUGCAGAGGAGCUCUCCGACCUCAUGGGGGCGCUGCUCGGUGUUCCUCAGUACAACACUGCUGCGCUGUACGCUGAGGCCUCCAGUCAGGGUCUGCUCACUGAAGAAAAUCUCCUGCGAGUGCUGACGACCCAUCCCACGUAUCAGAAAGUGGUGAACGAGUACCUGCAGCUGGAGGAGGCGGGCUCUCAGCUGUCACUCAACACUCUGCCCAAUGGGAAGGCAGGGAACAACGGACUCGUUCACAACGGAUCCUUUCAGCACAGCAAGCGUGACUGAGAACGUUUCCAGAAACUCAUCGCACUUUUUUUUUUCUCAUCUUGUGGAACUAAAAUUCACAAAGGGUCUACUGUUUUUUAAACAUUUUAUGAAGAUCUUUGUAUUUUUAAGUGUAGCAUCACUUGCACAGAUGUGAAUGUUUCUG